AUGAUGUGUGUUUUGACCGAUGGAUGCCUGCAUUUUCAAUACAACAAGAUAAGUGAAGAAUGCCAGUUACUGAGAAGUGAAUGGCUGGAGCCAGGGGUUGAUUCAUACCCCUCGUCGAACGAUUGGACAUUAUGGGAAUUGCAGUGGGGCUGCGGGAUGUCAGAGGCUUCCUGCCCAAAGACAGCGCCUUGUCCGUCAGGGUUUGUGUUUUCGAACUGUGGAUCCUGUUACUGGUUCGAAACAGACUCCCAGCUUGAUUACGAGACUGCGAGUCAGAACUGCAGGGACAAAUAUGGCUCAAGUCUUCUGUCUCUAGAGACCAAGAAAGAGUUACGUGCAAUGGAAGAAUAUUUGAUAUCACAAGGGCUUCAAAAUUUGGGUGAUUUUCUGACCAGUGGUAAAAGUACGGAAAGCGAAAGGGGAUAUACCGCAGAAUUUAAAAUUCAAUGGAGUUUUAACAUGGGAGUGAUAUCACACACCGCGGCCCAGUCAGAUAUAUUUCUGCGCACUUUAUCACACUACUAUACCUAA